AUGUCCGCGCAAGGAACCCACGCAGGCGGCACGACGCAGCCGUCGAGCUCGCGGCCACGGAACCAGGCGCGCAGGCGGCAGAACGACGACGCGGCGUAUAUGGGGCCCGCGAAGAGGCAAGCGGCGGACAAGGCGGACGGAGAACCGCGCAUGAAGAGGAAACGUGUCGAUGUUGCGAGCGCCAGUGCGGGUAUGUCGGCGCUGGCACGCAGGGCGGUAGACCGGGCGUCGGACGAUGGGCGGCGAGCAUCUGUUAUGGACUUUGGGGCACUGGAUACGGCUGCGCUUCACCGAUACCUGAACCAUUUUGAUCUGAUACCACAUAUACACCCAUCACCCCUUUCGGCGCUCGACCCACCGCCACCGUCCUCGCUUGUGAACCCGCCCCGAAGCGCGUCUCGGGGGGUAAGCCCGCCGGUGAGCAUCACGCCUGCGAACCGGCCGCGACGAGAGUCGCGAGAGCAGAGCCGGCGGCGGAGCUCACGGCUGGUGGAGGAGGGGCCGCAGCGGACGCCGAUCCUGGCAGAUGUGGGGGAGGUGGAUGUGGCGCUGGCUGCGAUCGCGCGACGGCAUUUUGAGACGCACGCGGCGAGAGAAUUCGAAUCAGUUGCCGAGUUUGUGAAGGUGGUGCGUGCCAGGAGGGCACAGCGGUAG